AUGGAAAGUACCCCUAACAUGGACACACUGUAUCAUUGCAAGGAAGGAUUCGAAUGUACCGAAUAUGACGCCAUCUGUCUGCAAGCGAGUGCAACACGUCCGCCAAGUUGCGGCUCCACAUCGCUUUGUGGGCAAUGCACAGCACAACGCAAUGCUUUAUUUGCCUGCCUGAGUCGCACUACCUUCCAGAUGUGCUAUGGCGGCCUACAUCCCACCGGUCAGGUGGGCUAUUGUCCCACCGGAUUUGUUUGUGAUGCAACCAGUGAUGUGGUUUGUGUGAGUACCGCUAGUUCGUACACUGUCACCUGCGAUGUCGUGGAUUCUUCGACUACGACGACUUCUUCAACUUCAACAAGUUCGAGUACAAGUACUACGACUACAACAACCUUGAGCCCAACUACAGACAAUCCAUUAACGCCGAAUGCAGUUUGUGCGCAAGAAAGCUUUGCUGGUCUCUAUCCGACAGUGCCUAGUGAUCCAUACUGUAAAAGAUACGUUCACUGUCGUCUCGUUAAUGGUGUUUUGACCGGCAUCGAAUAUUCGUGUACGACGAACACUUACUAUAGCAUAGAAAAUCGAGUGUGUACCAUCUACAAGCCAACUUACUGUCUCUGAAUAUUACAUAUGCAAAUAAACUGAGUUCUCAAACUUUGUAUGGGUCAAGAAAA